AUGGAUACGAAUAUGGAGGAUGUCGGGCGCGUUCCCGCCGAGCUUACCUCGUCCAACUUCGAGCCAACCACCAUCCCGACACUGGACGGCUGGAUUGAGAGCUUGAUGAACUGCAAGCAGUUGGCCGAGUCUGACGUCCAGAGAUUGUGCGAGAAGGCACGCGAAGUCCUCCAAGACGAAUCCAACGUUCAGCCGGUGAAAUGUCCCGUUACCGUUUGCGGAGAUAUUCACGGUCAGUUCCAUGACUUGAUGGAGCUCUUCAAGAUCGGAGGUUCGUGCCCGGACACCAACUAUCUAUUCAUGGGAGAUUAUGUCGACCGUGGAUACUACUCAGUUGAGACCGUCACUCUGCUCGUCGCUCUCAAGAUCCGAUACCCCAACCGCAUCACCAUUUUGCGCGGCAACCACGAGUCGCGCCAGAUCACACAAGUAUACGGCUUCUACGACGAGUGCCUGCGCAAGUAUGGCAACGCCAACGUUUGGAAGUACUUUACCGAUCUUUUCGACUAUCUUCCUCUCACCGCCCUAAUUGACAACCAAAUCUUCUGCUUGCACGGCGGUCUUUCCCCUAGCAUCGACACGCUCGACAACAUCAGAGCGCUCGACAGAAUCCAGGAGGUUCCCCACGAGGGCCCCAUGUGCGACCUGCUGUGGUCGGAUCCCGAUGACCGUUGCGGAUGGGGAAUCUCGCCCCGUGGUGCAGGCUAUACCUUUGGCCAGGAUAUCUCAGAAGCUUUCAACCACAACAACGGUCUGACACUUAUUGCCAGAGCGCAUCAGCUUGUGAUGGAGGGUUACAACUGGUCCCAGGACAGGAAUGUUGUCACCAUAUUCUCGGCGCCCAACUACUGCUACAGGUGCGGUAACCAAGCCGCCAUCAUGGAAAUUGACGAACACCUGAAAUACACCUUCCUGCAAUUCGACCCCUGCCCGAGGGCUGGCGAACCUAUGGUUUCGAGACGAACUCCCGAUUACUUCCUUUAA